UAUACCCUCCCCCAUCUUCCGUCCCUCCCCCUCUCUCAAAGCUCGUGAAUUUUGCAACAUCCCUUCUUCUUCUUCUGACAAAUCUCAUCCCCAAAGUCCAAAUAGAUAUCUUUCCUUUUCUUUUCUUUUGCUAAUGGGGUUUCGACAAUAACCAGAAACUGAACAAUAAUGUUGCCACUUUCUUACAAGGUCACAUCCGUUUCUCUUGCUCUGUUCCUCUGUGUUGUCUUAAACUUCAACAAAACCAUUGCAACGACCGAGUUCGAUUUCGGGACGUUAACUCUCAGCAGCCUGAAACUCCUUGGAGAUGCUCACUUAAACAAUGGGAGCGUGAGACUCACUCGCGACCUCCAAGUACCCUACUCCGGCUCCGGCAGAGCAUUAUACUCGAAACCGGUGAGAUUCAGGCAACCGGGAACUCACUAUCCUUGUAGCUUCUCCACCUUCUUCUCCUUCUCCAUUACCAACCUCAACCCUUCCUCCAUCGGCGGCGGUUUAGCCUUUGUCAUUUCCCCUGAUGGUGAUUUCGUCGGCGCCGGCGGUGGCUCUUUGGGACUCCUCGAUGAUCAGGGUCAGGCCUCGGGUUUCGUCGCGGUGGAAUUCGACACUCUCAUGGACGUAGAAUUCAAGGACAUUAAUGGAAACCACGUUGGCUUGGAUCUCAACAGCGUGGUUUCUUCUCAAGUUGGUGACUUGGCAGCUUUGGAUAUUGAUCUAAAGAGUGGCAAUCUCGUUAAUUCAUGGAUCGAAUACGACGCUUCGAUUGGAGUUUUUAACAUCUCCGUUUCCUACUCAAAUUUAAAGCCUAAGGAGCCUAUGUUAUCAUUUGCGCUAAAUCUUGAUCAAUAUGUCAAUGAUUUCAUGUACGUAGGAUUUUCAGGCUCAACCCAAGGAAGCACGGAGGUUCAUAGUAUAGAAUGGUGGAGUUUUAGCGCAUCUUUUGAGUCAAAUUCUGGUUCUGGGUCAGGGUCAAUAUAUUCUCCUCCGCCUCCAACGGCUAGUUUAAUGAACCCAACGGCUAAUUCUGUUAAAUCACCGCCACCUUCAUUGGCUCCUUCAGGUUCUGAUUCGGUUACCAGCACUCAACAGAAGAGUAGUAAGUCUUCUUCUUCUUGUCAUAACCAGCUCUGUAAGCAAGGUCCAGGGGCGGUUGCAGGAGUGGUAACUGCGGGAGCUUUCUUUUUAGCCUUGUUUGCUGGGGCUCUUAUAUGGGUUUAUUCUAAAAAGUUCAAGCAUGUGAAGAAAUCUGAGUCUUUUGCAUCGGAGAUUAUCAAAAUGCCAAAAGAGUUCAGUUAUAAAGAGCUGAAAGCAGCUACGAGAUGCUUCAAUGCUAAUAGAAUAAUUGGUCACGGUGCAUUUGGGACUGUGUACAAGGGUAUUUUGCCGGAUAAUGGCGACAUUGUGGCUGUGAAGAGAUGUAGUCAUAGUAGUCAAGGGAAGAAUGAGUUUUUAUCUGAGUUGUCAAUAAUUGGGACUCUUAGGCAUCGAAAUCUUGUAAGGUUGCAAGGAUGGUGCCAUGAGAAAGGGGAAAUUUUAUUAGUAUAUGAUUUAAUGCCAAAUGGGAGUCUUGACAAAGCAUUGUUUGAAGCCAGAACGCCUUUGCCAUGGCCUCAUAGGCAGAAAAUUUUGUUAGGAGUUGCCUCUGCUUUGGCCUAUUUGCAUCAAGAGUGUGAUCACCAGGUUAUUCAUAGAGAUGUUAAGACCAGCAAUAUAAUGCUGGAUGAAGGGUUCAAUGCAAAGCUAGGAGAUUUUGGUUUAGCAAGGCAAGUUGAGCAUGAUAAAUCGCCAGAUGCCACGGUGGCUGCAGGUACAAUGGGGUAUUUGGCUCCUGAGUAUCUUCUAACAGGAAGAGCAACCGACAAAACCGAUGUGUUUAGCUAUGGAGCUGUGGUUCUGGAGGUGGCUAGCGGAAGAAGACCGAUUGAGAGAGAUGCUAAUGCGGCAGCAAAAGUUGGUGUGAGUGGCAAUUUGGUGGAAUGGGUUUGGAGUUUGCACAGAGAAGGGAGAUUGCUAACGGUGGCUGAUGCCAGACUCGAAGGCCAAUUUGAUGAGCCUGAGAUGAGGAGGGUGCUUUUGGUUGGGUUAGCGUGUUCACACCCUGACCCACUGGCUAGACCCACAAUGAGGAGCGUGGUCCAGAUGCUGGUGGGUGAAGCUGAGGUCCCUAUUGUCCCAAGAGCUAAGCCUUCAAUGAGUUUCAGCACUUCUCACCUAUUGUUGAGCUUGCAGGACAGUGUAUCUGACUACAAUGGCAUGAUUACCCUUUCCAGUUCCUCCUCACAAAAUAGCUACAUUGGUACUGAUCUGGCGUAAUAAAAAAAGACCAAAAAACUCAAGGGCUGUGGGGAUUCCCGAAUCUUUGUUUAUUAACUCAUAUAUAUUAUUCUUUUGUUUAUGUAUGUAUGACACAAUAACAUGUAAUGUAAGCACAAAAAGUUCAGUGGCUUUGGGGAUAGGCAAAUUUAGUGUUAUUAAUCAUAUUAAUGUCAUCCAUGGUACCAUCAGAGAAAAGGGAGGGGAGACUCACAACUGUUGGGGACAAAGGAAAAUGGUGGCAGUCACUUUCUUGCUCCAAUAUGGAUGAGUAUUUCCUUUGUGGAAGGUUGGCUAGUUGCUUUCACAAGCAAUCCCCAUUGUCAAAAGCGGACACGAGUUUGAGUAGAGGCUUGGUAAAGUAUAGUGAGAAAAGGUCCCUUCUUUAUUAUUGACUUUUAUGAGACUUCUUCAACGGCGGUUGGUCUGGAUCUUAGAUCAAAGAAAUCAAGGAAGGAAUCAUUAUCAUUAUUAUUAUUAUUCUUUUCCCUUCAAUAAAAUUUCAAACUAUCAUCAGGGUUUGGUUUUUGCC